AUGCUUGGUAAUCCGAAAUGGUUCGAUUUGUUCCCUAGUUUUUCUGUGUCUCAUCUUAGCUUUUGGGGUUCUGAUCAUCGACCUCUUCAUGUCCAAUUUAAUCAUACUAAUGAGGGCAUUAAGGGGCAUGUGUUGCUUAAGUCUCGGUUUCAUUUUGAGACUGCUUGGGAGGAGGAUGAGGAAUGUGGGAAUAUUAUUUCUUCGGCUUGGAAUAGUGGUGUGGGGUAUAACUUUGAGACUUUGGCUACUAAAAUUGCUAAUGUUGCCACUAAUCUUGGUCGUUGGAACACUACUGUGUUUAAAAGGCAUCAUAAUAAUAUUAAGAAAAAGCAAAAACAAUUAAAAAGUUUGGAUGCUUCUCUCUCGGCUGCUAAUUUGAAAGAUUAUGUGUCUCUUGAGAAGGAAUUGGAUGUGCUUCAUUACAAAGAAGAAAAAUAUUGGGCACCCCGCUCUAAGCAGAAUUGGCUCAAGCUAGGUGACCACAACACUGCUUAUUUUCAUAAGAGUGCCACUGCUCGGAAAAAAAGAAACUUUAUUAGCGCUCUUUUUGAUAAGAAUGAUACUGAAGUGUUCGGGCAAGAUAACCUCGCGGGUGUCUUUCAAGACUAUUUCCAGUCUAUUUUUUAG